AAGUGUUAGAGGAAAAUGGGGCGGGAUCUACAACUUCCCCUCGGGCGCACGCGCAAUGCGGUCCCGCUGACAGUUUUCCCGAGGGUUGUGGCGCAGUGCGUCUCCUUUGCCAGACGCCGCAGCGUUUCAACCUUGUCGUUCCCGCCAUCGCGCGGGCGCCGGGCAGGACGGAGCUGGAUGGCGGAGGCUGGGCCCGCGGAGUGGGAGGUCCCGACGCGGACGCUGCGGGCUCUCACCUGGCUCGGACAGGAGUUCAUGUCGGACUGGGAGGCCCAGGACUUGCGGGCCGCCCUCUUCCAGCUCCUCUUGCUCUGGCUGCUAGUGAGCUUGCUCGGCAUCCAGGUGGCAUGGCGGGUCUACGGGAACACCGUCACCGGCCUCUACUACCGGCAAGGCCCUGGAGGGCAGAAUGGAGGAACACCAGAUGGAGCCUCACACUUCCCAGUGUGGGAGAGUUCAAGCAAUGAGAGCAUGAAAACACAUCGGGAGUGAUGACCAAGGUGACCAAGCCAGGCUCCUGCUGCUAAUGCCAGCCUGCCCAGAGGCCUUGCUCUUUCAUUGCUGAGGAAACAGCAGCCAUAGUUGCCCUUUCUCCCAUCCUGUGGCCUGGCUGCUGGCCAAUGCUGGUGCUGUGAAGAUUGCUCUGAUCCAUCCCUUUAAUCAAGUACUGAGUCUCAGGACUGCUCUGCUCAGGUUGGGGAAGCUGCAGUUCCCUCCCCCCCUUCAGUUGUCUGCAUUAUUCUCCCUCUUGCUGUGCCACGAGUCCUUUUGCAGACUGGCCUUGAGCCUGCCUCUCUUCAAUGUUACAUCAAACCCAUUGUUGGCCCGGGCCUUGUUUCUUCCUGCACCGGUGCUUGGACUCCCCUUGCCUUGAAGCAGCCUCAGCUCAUAAGGGAAGCAGACCCAGGGCUGAGGAAAAAAUGAUUUCUUCAGUUGAACCUAAGCCAUCCUUUGCUAACAUCUGCCAAGUAUCCCCAUCCUGGUGUUGGAAAGCUGCAGAGGCUUACUCUUAACAAAUUACAGACCUUGCUUGGUCCCUGCGCCAGGUCAGUUUUUGGCUGUCUUUGAGCUCACUAGUUUCUAAAACUAGUUUGUCUCCAAACCAUACUACUUGGUGCUCAUUCCCUGGAGGAGUAAGGCGAAGCAGCGGUGUGGGUAUUGGAGCUGCUGUGAUAUUCAGCAUCCCUCUCUAUUCUUCCAGAUGCUGCCUUCUUCCCUGGUUGUGUGUGAUGGGUGGGUUAUAAAGGAGUGAUGGAAAAAGAAAAA